AAAAUUAGUGAUAACUGACAAGUCUAUACAGGAGUCAUUUAAAUUCUGUUCAUUCUGUGUUUUAAUUUUAACUAGAGCCACAACCAAAUCUUAUUGCCAGAUACGUGAUAUUCUUAUGUUUCUAAUAAUAUUUGCUUAUUGUGUUUUAAUAAUAUUUAUUAUUGUGGAAAGCAUCUUAUCAUCUUAUCAUUUGUUGUGGUCAUCUUAUCAUUUGGUGUGGUCAUUUGGACAUACAAUAGGUCCAAAAAAUGAUUUGUUUUCUAAAGACAUCGAAUGCAAAUUAAUACACAUGGUGAGAGAAUAUCCCUUGUUGUGGGAUACAACAAUUGAAGAAUAUCGCCGAACUGAUUUAAAAAGACUGCAUUGGGAUCAAAUAGCACAAGCUUUAGGUUCCAAAUUUACAGGAGAUAUAGUUUGCAAGCGGUUUCAAAAUAUGGAAAGUACUUUUCGUGCAAAUGAAAGAAAAAUAAAAGAAUCAAAAGCUCGUUGUAGUGGGAAAGGAACAGAUGAAAUUUACAAACCAAAGUGGGAAUAUUAUGAUAUGCUCUUAUUUUUAAAAAAAAGGUGUCCACAAGGUGACAGUAUUGAUAAUCUGUCACAAAGUCAUAUGUCNAUAUCUAGUCAAGAGAUGGUGAAUCAUUCACCUGUUCCUCAUAUUUCUAAUACCAAUGUGCAAAAGACAUCAUCACAGCUUNCAAAUAUUUAUUAUAAUACAAAUACAGAAGAAUAUGUGCUUCUUCCAUCUGAUGAAUAUAACUAUAACACUAGUGGUCAAACAUCACCCUCUGUAGAAACAGAUUCAUACAUAUCAGAACUCAGCCCAGAUCCAGCAUCAAUUAUGACUACGUCUGCUAGCCAAUCACUUGCUAGUUCAAGCGAAAUACAUGAUACAUCAGAUCUUUCUCUUCAAAGAGAUACUUCUUCUAGAUCUGUAUUAGCUCCACUAAAUACUAAAUGCCCUACUAAGAAUUCAUUGUAUGUGAAACGAGGAAAUUCCAAGAAAGUUAAACUAAUGGAAGAUGCCGUUAAUGCUAUAAAAACUAUGGCUGAAGAAAACGUGUCUCCUCCAAAAAUGGAUACAUUUGAUAUACUUGGAUNAUACAUCGCAUCUAGGCUUCGAUCAAUGACUCAAAAUGAUCGAGAAUAUUAUGAAAGAGAAAUCUUAAAAGUAUUAACGCAGCNUACAUUAUAAGCAAUAUCUCAAGAUCUUAUUACUAAUUAUAUACUUUGUGAUUAUGUUAUCAUAGUUUAUCGUAUUAUUAAUUGAAUAUUUAUAUGAACAUAUUGCUUAGAAAGCUUACUCAGUUAUAGACAUUUUACCUGUAACAAAUUGUUCAAAGUUACCCGUGUUUUAAAUGACAGUACUGUCAUUUGCUUUGAAGUUUAUAUAGUGUUUUUUAAGUUGUAUAUUAUGUUACACNGUGUGAUUUAUAGUUUUAUUUUUUGUCAAAGUUUUUAUUUGUUGUCAAAGAUAAGGAUAUAUAUAUAUUGAUUUUGACGAAGACUGUAUAAAAGACUAUAUAGAACGUUAUAUGAGUAAGACUGUACGAAUAAGUCUAUAAUAAUAUUNUAAGAA